UAUGUUUAAUGUUGGUUGCCCACAUUUCCCGCAGGUCUGACCUCUGCCAUUCAAGUGACUAUGAAAAACCCAUUCAACGUGGUGAUUUUGUUCCAGAGAAUCACCCUGCAGUGCAGUUACCAAACCACCUCUACCCAGCCCCCCAUUGUCGUAUGGAAAUACAAAUCGUUCUGCCGGGAUCGGAUAGCGGACGCCUUUAGCUCCAACAGCCAGGAAUCCAUAAUCAAUAACCAACUACAGCAAGCAAACCCUGGAUACAACCCAUACGUAGAAUGUCAAGACAGUGUCCGGACUGUGCGGAUUGUGGCCACCAAGCAGGGAAACACAGUCACUCUGGGUGACUUUUACCAGGGUCGCCAGAUUACCAUCAGCAACUGUAAGUGGUAGAUUUUCUGUAGGCAUUCGAAGCAGUAUCAGUUAUUUUAGAGAGUGCAGUUUGAUAUGUGUAUUGUUAAAGCCAGGUGCUAGUAUAUAGGUUUGUUGUUUGUGUGUGAAUGUGUGCAGUAAUGAGCAUUUCUACCGUCUGGUGGGAGCUGGGGGUGCCACAUUCAGGUGUCUUGUUGGAACUGUCCAUGCUGACUGGAAAGUCCUUUUGCUUGCAAGAGAAGUAAAUGAGUGUUCUCUGUAAGAGAAGAUGGAGUUGCUUUGUGAACUUUUAUAUAUGUUUACUGAUCUUCGGUGAAAAGGUGUCUGCAACUUGUAAAUUCUUUAAACUUGUUGGUUUCUCCCCUUAGUGGCAGAUCUCACCAUUGACAUGACAGCAUGGGGUGACAGCGGUGUGUAUUACUGCUCUGUGUUAUCGUCUCAAGACCUUCAAGGAAAUAAUGAAGCUUAUUCAGAACUGCUGGUGUUGGGUAAGGAAAUUUUGUAUUGGAGGGUGGAGGGUAAUGUAAUCCUGACUUUAUAUGUUAUGGCUCCAGUUUCCUGGCCUCCUUACUGGCUCGCUACCUGGAGAUGGAAAUUAAAACCAUUAUAUUUCAGAUCGUUUAAUUUGUAUUGGUGGCACAAUGUAUAGGGAAGGAAUCCCUUAUUGAUGCAUGGUGUAAUGACAAGCAUUAGAUCACAGAUAUAAUAUUAUGGUUACUUUUAUUCUGUGCUAAUUAGUCAUUGGGCAGUUCUGAUUUCAAACUGCUUGAAAAGCGGACGGUCUUCACCCAGCACUAUUACUACUCUAUUAAAAGGGACCGUCUAGGCACCAAAACUAUUACAUGUAAUGGCUGCCAGGAACGGCCAAAUAUCUGGCCAUGUAGCAUCUGGAGCAGUUAAAGUGGUUAUGGUGACUACAGUUCUCGUUUAAAGAUUUAUUAAAUGACUGCAGAGUCAGGCAAAGCCUAAAAAACUAUAGAAGAGAAUUCCAUAAAAAUGGAAGUGUUCUGGUAGAAAAAAACAGGAGUUGUUGGUGGGAGUGUGAACCAAGAGAAAGUGUAAGUCUUUGGGAAUGUGGAAUGGUCCAUUGUUAUUGGAAGGCUAUGUAGGUUGCAGUACUGUUGUGUUUUCUCUGUGUGGAUUAGGAUUCUGUGUUGAAUCAGGGGUGUACAAUGUAUAGUCUGUGUAAAGAUUGUUGGGGGAUGAAGUACUGGUCAGUGGGAGAUUUGGUGGAUAUGUGUAUCUCUGGCAUUCCAAAUUAAUUUAAUUUUAAUGGGGUGAUCAGAGCAUGAGUAAGACCACUGAGCAAUGAUUUGCAGUAAUAAUGAUGUAAGAUAAUAGUUAUGUAUCGAGCGGUAUCUGCCUGUGGUGAACAGAACCUCACCACAGGUUUUUGGAGGGGCCUGCUUGCCAGCCUCCUGCCAAAGACUAUGGGCUAGGUGAGCAACUGUAAAGACUCAUAUAUUUUAUUCCCCCUGGUUUGGCACUUUCCAUUCGUGCGCAUAGAACCAACCUGGCGGAUGUUCUCAUGGACCAAAACCGCGAAUAGACUUCAGGGGGACUUAGCCGCGAGUGCCCUGGAACUAUUUUAGGCAUGAAGACUUUGCAGGUUCCACAGCGGCACUUAGCCACGAUUCUAUGGAACUGUUUUGGGCAUGGGACCAUGCGUGCGGUCAGUCAAACUUUGACUUCCAGGAAAUUCCUGAACUGACCGGGUGAUUUAUGGAUAUGUUGGUCACCCAGAUCGGGGACAGCGAGACCACAGCCAAGCUGCGGCGGCUAAGGGGCUACAGUGCCUAUGCUGUCCGGUGCGUUGCUUAUAGUACUCCGGGCUGCUAAGCUGCAGCGAUUGACGGAGGCAUCAGGUCGGGGUGCCAGAUUUGUCCAUCACACUGCCCCUUUCAGAGUUGGAAGUGGCAGGAUUUGGAGAAUAGCACCUGACAGUCAGAGCCUGCAGGGUGGAUAUUAAGUUCUGUUGAGUUUCAGAAAGUGGUCAUUCAUCUAGAGAUGGACGAGAGGCAACUGGUGACACAGGUUUCAAGAGGUCGAAAGACAGAGGUAGACGUGGGUGUCAUUGGCAUUGAAGAGUUAUUGACAGCAAAAGACUUGAUCAAGACACCCAAUGCGGCAAUACAUAGUGAGAACAGAAGCAGCCCAAAACAGAGUCUUGUGAAAUACCAACAGACAGCGGUAGAGAAGAAUUUGUCAAAGAAAAAUAGUUCUGCAAAAAGGUUAAAGAAAGAGCGUGAUUGGCCAAGUUUGUGGGGGUGAGCAGAACAUGCUGAUGGUGCAGAGUGUGAAAAGCAGCAGAGAGAUCGGGAAGCAUUGCUAAAGAAUAGAUCCCUUUUGGGUAAAGCUGUGCUUAGAUCAGUGGUUCCCAACCCAGUCCUCAAGUACCCCCUAUUAGUCCAGGAUUAAGAGAUUACUCAAUUGGUAUUUUUAGAAAAAGGGGAAAAAAAACACUUUGGACACAACAGGGUGAUAAUCCCUAAAUCCUGGACUGAUAGAGAGAGGGUACUUGAGGGGACUGGGUUGGAAAUCCCUGGAUUAGAUCAUUGGUUUACAUAUUUAGAACCAUUUUUUGACAAAUACAUACAGAUACACACAUACAAAAAAAGUCAUAAUAACUUAUUUUAUUUUUUUCUGGGGGGUCCACAAUGUUGAUACACUAUGUCAAAGGGUUCCACAGGAAAAAUUAAUUGGGAACCCCUGGUCUAGAGUAACCCAUUGUACAGCGCUAUGGAAUUUUCUGGCUCUAUAUAAAUAUUAUAAUAAUAAUAAUAAUUGAGGUUAAGCAUGGUGACAGCCACAUUACAGUAAGAAUGGAUUAGUGAGGACCUAACAGCAUCAUCGUGUUUUACUCCUAGAAACAUCUACAGUGAAUUCUAUUCCCAGAAGGCAUUGCAGCUAGUUACUAAUAAUUCGCAUUUGGUGGUUGGAGCCCAUAGAGCCUGGUCUUGCAGCAGGUAUUUCAAACCUGAAUGUCCACCAGAGAAUCUCUUCGUAAUAUGGGGUCACAUCUGGUCCAUAAACGAUGGAACUACAGUCACUAGAAAUUGCUAUCACACUGAAUGGUUUUAUUGUUUGAUUUAUAUGUAGUUAGCUGCUGUCUCGCUGCCUGCUGGUUCUAGCAUUGCCUCCAUCUUUUCCACCUCGAAUAUAUUGGAUAAAUUGCUGAAUCAAAAAUGGCUCUCUGUUUUCUAGAAGAUUCUGUCCCUUGUUUCAUUGUUUAAAUCAUUGCAUCUCAUUGAAGUGGUUAUAGUGCCUGGAGUCCUCUGGCGCUGUCCCUGCAUUCAGUGUACUGGUCAUCUCAUUGAAGUGGUUAUAGUGCCUGGGGUCCCCUGGCACUGUCCCUCCAUUCAGUGUUAAACCAUUUUAUUUCAUUGAAGUGGUAAUGGUAACUGGAGUCCCUCAACGCUGUCCCUCCAUUCAAACCCAUUUUUUAAGUAGUUUAACAUUGAAUGAGGGUCACUGGCCACCAAUGGUGUCUAUGUAGAGAUUACAUAUUUCCUGUUAGCCGUAUUAAUUCAUACUAGCAAUGGGAGCUGUGCUAGGCUGUAAGCAGUCAGCUGACACUCUUAGCCAGUCACAGCCGCCCAUUGUGGCUCAGAAUUAUGCUUCCUCAUUAGCCCAACUAGCACAGAGGGUAUAGGCUGCUGAGGGUAUAACGCUUAACACUGAAUGGAAGAACGGCACUGAUUAGUUCAAGACACUAUAAGCACUUCAGUGAGAGCGAGACCUUACAGUGACUACAGUGUCUCUUUGGCAGGGGCCAGUAUAGUUGCACUGCAUGUUUAUCAUUUACAGGUCCUUUUAUUUGAAUGAGUGGCACAUUCAACAUUGAUACAAGAUAUUUAAAGUUUAGUUUGACUGAAUUAUUUUAUAAUUGAUAAUUUAACGAGUUUAAUGUAUGCUCUAAGCACCAUAAUCACUUCAGAACUAGUGGUUAUGAUGCAGUGAAUCCCCUGGGCCUUUCCCAGACUGUUCCCACUGCUCAAUUAUCUGCCAUUUUAGAGUUAAAAAAAAAAAAAAUUAUAUAUAUAUAUAUAUAUAUAUAUAUAUAUAUAAUAUAUAUAUUCAUAUUCUCAUUCUCUCUCCCCUGGCUGUGACUAACACAAUUUCUCUACACACUAAAUUUCUUAGAUUUGUACGGUAGUGGAAUUUGUGGCGCUUGUUUUCUGUAUGUGUGGCUGCUUGGGCUCCCAAAACCAGAGUCUCUUCUUUCUGGUAGUGUGGUUAAUGUACAAAGAAGGGUGCAGGGAGGCAGCAACACUACAGGCUCUGCCUUCCUGCACCCUUCAUUUCUUAUAUUCCCUAAUUGCACAGUGCUUUUAAUUUUGGAAUCGUAUCUCUUGCUCUGUUGAUAGCCUGCUAGAACUUUUUGAAAAUGAAACCAUAUUGUUUUUCCGCAGGCUGUGUCAGUCACAGCCGGGGGAGGUGUGGCUAGGGCUGCAUAAACCGAAACAAAGUGAUUUAACUCCUAAAAUGGCAGAGAAUUGAGUAGUGAGACUGCAGGGACAUGAUCUCUACACCAAAACGCUUCAUUAAGUUGUUUUUGGUGACUAUAGUGUCCCUUUAAGUCCAAAUUGGGAAGUUUGAUGGGAGUGUCCAUUUUAGGAAUAUCACUAGACUGGAAAGACUGCAGAUAAUCGUCAAACUGGCUUAAAAUCGUUUCACUCCUUUCUGUGGGUACUUUGUAACCACUACAACAUGAUGUAGUACUUAUGGUACUUAGAGUACCCCUUUUACAUUGUGUUUCUCCCAUUUUUUUUAUGUCAAAUAAUGUGACAUAUGGUGAAUGGUGGAUGAAAGCAGAUAUAACAGCCAGAGCGCUUUCUGUGAGCUGACAGGAGCAGGUCACGGUCUGUGUGGGUGAGAUGGCAUUUUUCAUCUCAAUUGCGUUAUAUUAUGUAUCAGGUUUAAAGGCACACACUACAGUCUGCAGUGGUUAUGGUGCCAGGACUACCUUGCCUUCCCUCCCCGUUGUAAUUGGAAUGCUGUGUCCACCAGGCAUCGCUCCCUGCCUGACUUUGAAGGACUUGCCUCAUUGGCUUAGAGCAAUCCGAUGGGGCUCUUGGCUAGCCCUUCAUUGAGCUUCUGGCUCUCUGGCUGAGGUAGUGGAGCCGGGGAGCGGCUCCAAAAUGGUAUGACUACUUGCCAUGUGGGGGCGCCUUGGCGCUCCUGGUACCAUAACCACUACAUAGUGCAUGGAGUGUUCCUUUGAGAUUUUAUAGAGCGCACAAUAUAUCAGUGAUCAGUCCUCGUGGUUUGUUUAAUAAAUCUGCAUUGUGUGAUCAUAUCUGAUAUUCGUAGGGUUUGAUGCAGAAAAUCCAUGACUGGGAAAUACUGAUGGGUUCUCAGGGCCUGUAUGUAAAUAAAAGGCAAUGCUUUGUUGCCUACAUAGUACUCUAUAGCUGUAUGCUCUACAGUACCUUGUACGGAUGAAAAAUUCCAUUGUCAUUCUACGUGUUCCCUGGUUAGUGUAUUACUCUGUCGUAUAGGUUUCUAUUUAGUAACCUAUCUUUCUUUUGUCCUCCAGGUAAAACGUCAGUGAUCUCUGAACUAUUACCAGACUUUCAUAUAAGGGACAUGGAAGGUAAUGGUUCUAUGACCACUGCGCCCCUUCCCCGCAACCCCCCCACUCAUCUCCUCCGUAUUUCUAAGUUAAUAUGAGCAUUUCCCCGCAUGAGACUGCUCACACCAUUGGGUUUGUGGCUCCCACACAGCAAUCUGUGUAGCUUGUAACACGUUUAAAGGGACGCUACCUGAAAAAAAUAAAAAAAUAUCUCCUACCCCAGAUAAAGCCUUCAUGUAUAUCACUAAAGGGAAGACUAGAUUUGUAAUCCUGUCCAUAAUAAAAUGAGCUGUUUAGUGAGCUCUCUUGUUUUACAUAUAGCUCUCUCCAUCUGUACAUAUGAUCAGUUAUUAAGAAAAUCGCACUUUAGCUUUGCAAAUGGCUCAUACAUUGUGUGUUUUCAAGGAAGAUUUUUUUUAUAACAGAAAAUAUUUAAAAAGAGAAAGUGGAAAUAGUGGGAGGGCUAAUGUUCUGAUUCUAGAUGGCAUUUAUACAAACCAAGAAUAUGUCUAUAUGAUGGCAUCGCUUGUAAAUGAGAGGCUGCUCCUGUGUCAGUCGAUUCAUUGCAGCUGUCCACAUCACUUUAUAAAGUGUUUUGUUUUCCCCAACCAACCCAUGUGGAAUCUGUAGGAUGUUGUUUAAACGUGUCCCUGUGUUUGGUGAGGGUGCCCGAUCAGACAGACUGCAGUACACAUUCAAUGUGUGAAUUUACUCAGUGCUUUCGUGGUUUAGACUCUUCAUAGCAUGAAGCUUCUUGUGAUGUGCAGUACCAUCUAUUCACUUGCUUUUGGCAUUGAAAAGGUUAAUGAACAUGCCUAUAGUGCAUUGGUGUGAUAUUUGCUGUGUUUUGCUAUAAUGCUUCUCUGCAUCUAAUGGAACUGCUAUCUAGUGCCUUUCUAUGGGGUGAUGGAACUGCUCUCUAGCGCCUGCCUAUGGGGUAAUGUGGAGUGAUGGAAUGAGCAUGGUGUGGGGUAGUGCCUGCCUAUGGGGUAAUGUGGAAUGAUGGAAUGAGCAUGUUGUGGGUAGCGCCUGCCUAUGGGGUAAUGUGGAGUGAUGGAAUGAGCAUGUUGUGGGUAGCGCCUGCCUAUAGGGUAAUGUGGAGUGAUGGAAUGAGCAUGUUGUGGGUAGCGCCUGCCUAUGGGGUAAUGUGGAGUGAUGAAUGAACAUGUUGUGGGUAGCGCCUGCCUAUGGGGUAAUGUGGAAUGAGCAUGUUGUGGGUAGCGCCUGCCUAUGGGGUAAUAUGGAGUGAUGGAAUGGACAUGUUGUGGGUAGCGCCUCCCUAUGGGGUAAUGUGGAGUGAUGCAAUGAACGUGUUGUGGGUAGCGCCUGCUUGUGGAGUGAUGCAAUGAACGUGUUGUGGGUAGCACCUGCCUAUGGGGUAAUGUGGAGUGAUGGAAUGAGCAUGUUGUGGGUAGCGCCUGCCUAUGGGGUAAUGUGGAGUGAUGCAAUGAACGUGUUGUGGGUAGCGCCUGCUUGUGGAGUGAUGCAAUGAACGUGUUGUGGGGUAAUGUGGAGUGAUGGAAUGAGCAUGUUGUGGGUAGCGCCUGCCUAUGGGGUAAUGUGGAGUGAUGGAAUGAGCAUGUUGUGGGUAGCGCCUGCCUAUAGGGUAAUGUGGAGUGAUGGAAUGAACAUGUUGUGGGUAGCGCCUACCUAUGGGGUAAUGUGGAGUGAUGCAAUGAACGUGUUGUGGGUAGCGCCUGCCUAUGGGGUAAUAUGGAAUGAACAUGUUGUGGGUAGCGCCUCCCUAUGGGGUAAUGUGGAGUGAUGCAAUGAACGUGUUGUGGGUAGCGCCUGCUUGUGGAGUGAUGCAAUGAACGUGUUGUGGGUAGCACCUGCCUAUGGGGUAAUGUGGAGUGAUGGAAUGAGCAUGUUGUGGGUAGCGCCUGCCUAUGGGGUAAUGUGGAGUGAUGGAAUGAACAUGUUGUGGGUAGCGCCUACCUAUGGGGUAAUGUGGAGUGAUGGAAUGAGCAUGUUGUGGGUAGCGCCUGCCUAUGGGGUAAUGUGGAGUGAUGGAAUGAGCAUGUUGUGGGUAGCGCCUGCCUAUGGGGUAAUGUGGAGUGAUGGAAUGAACAUGUUGUGGGUAGCGCCUGCCUAUGGGGUAAUGUGGAGUGAUGCAAUGAACGUGUUGUGGGUAGCGCCUGCCUAUGGGGUAAUAUGGAAUGAACAUGUUGUGGGUAGCGCCUCCCUAUGGGGUAAUGUGGAGUGAUGCAAUGAACGUGUUGUGGGUAGCGCCUGCUUGUGGAGUGAUGCAAUGAACGUGUUGUGGGUAGCACCUGCCUAUGGGGUAAUGUGGAGUGAUGGAAUGAACAUGUUGUGGGUAGCGCCUGCUUGUGGAGUGAUGGAAUGAACAUGUUGUGGGUAGCGCCUGCCUAUAGGGUAAUGUGGAGUGAUGGAAUGAACAUGUUGUGGGUAGCGCCUGCCUAUGGGGUAAUGUGGAGUGAUGCAAUGAACGUGUUGUGGGUAGCGCCUGCCUAUGGGGUAAUGUUGAGUGAUGGAAUGAACGUGUUGUGGGUAGCGCCUGCCUAUGGGGUAAUGUUGAGUGAUGGAAUGAACAUGUUGUGGGUAGCGCCUGCCUAUAGGGUAAUGUGGAGUGAUGGAAUGAACAUGUUGUGGGUAGCGCCUGCCUAUAGGGUAAUGUGGAAUGAUGGAAUGAACAUGUUGUGGGUAGCGCCUGCCUAUGGGGUAAUGUGGAGUGAUGAAUGAACAUGUUGUGGGUAGCGCCUGCUUGUGGAGUGAUGGAAUGAACAUGUUGUGGGUAGCGCCUGCCUAUGGGGUAAUGAGGAGUGAUUGUGGGUAGCGCCUGCUGAUUACUGUGUAUUCAGGACAUUUAUAUCCCCUACCUUGGGCACAAUAAUUCUAAUUCCAUCAUAUUCCUCAAAUUCUGCUUUGGAAAAUGUGUUUGCAUUUAAAGGAACAGGGUCCUCAAUGUUUAAUAUCCUAAUAUAAUUUUUGUUAAAUGACCUCUACGGCAGGCAGACAGUGCACAUCAUUCUGAAAGUAACGUAAAAUAUUGGGCAUAGUGUCAGAAAGGGGGUGGGGGGAGCUAGACAAGUAAUUUCACUUUACAGCAAUGCGAUGGGCUGUCAUAAAUAUAUUAAUUUAUUUGGGACAACUUCUAUCUUUUGUAUGGAGUCCUGCAACAUCUGAUGCUGUAUGAGCUGCCAAUCAGGAAGAGUUGACAAAAUGCAUGCUGGGAAAUGAAGUUCUAAGCACCAGGGAAGUGAGAAUCUGUCUCUAUCCAUCUCUUGCAAUUAGGGGGAUAUAUAUCGAUAUAGAGAGAGAUAUAAUAUGUUAAGGAGACCCACCGGUUAAUGCGCGGUUUGCGGGGCAUUCCUGACGUGCUCUGUUUGCUGUGUUAUUUGGGGACAUUUUGCUAACUCUCGUGCUGUGUUUUUGUUUUCCAGACUGGCUGUUUGUGGUUCUUGUUGUUCUCGGAGGGCUGUUCCUCCUCCUGCUGAUCGGGAUCUGUUGGUGCCAGUGCUGCCCACACACCUGCUGCUGCUAUGUGCGAUGCCCAUGUUGCCCAGAAAAAUGCUGCUGCCCUCGAGCCUGUAUGUUCACACCAUCCUAAAAAGUCUUCACUCUAUGGAGAGAUAGGAAAGCAAGCUUAGUUAACAAUUACAUGUCAUACAGUGCAUUGCUUGCCCUAUACGUUCUAGUAUAAUAUUCCACAUUAACGGGAGGGGAGCCAGACAGGGGAAGAUAGUGGGCACUGAAAUCUUUGGAAGGAUUUGGCAGUAAUGGAAUACUGUGGAUACACAGGCAGUGGAUAGCGGAAUCCCCAGGUGGAGACAGACAGUGGGAAGGGGGAUCUCGGAACAGAGGCAGGCAAGAUUGCAAGGAGGAGGCAGACGGUGGGUAGGCGAAUCCUGAGGCAGAGACAGGCUAUUGGUAGUGGCAUUCUGGGGCAGAGGAGGGCGGAUCUCGUGGAUGUGGGGUGCGGGAUUCCAGCGUGGUGGGAGGCGGUCCAUUGAUAGUGGGAUUCUGUGGCCUAGGCGGGCGGUGUGUAGCGAGAUCGCAGGGCGGUAGGUAGCAGGGUCCUAAGGUGGGCAGUGGGUAGCCGGAUCCCGGGGCUGAAUAUGAUGUGGUUUGGGCAGUUAAAGAUAAUUAGUGAGUUUUUUUUUUUUUUUAAAUGCCUCUACUUGGCCAGUUGCUAAUAAAAUUCCAUAUCGUGCCAGUAAUAUUCAAUGUCUUCAUCUUUUAGUGUAUGAAGCCGGAAAAGCAGCCACCUCAGGUGUCCCCAGUAUCUAUGCGACCAGUGUUUACGCCCCCUCCAUGCAUUCCUACCCAAGCCAGGUGAAAGUCCCACCACCAGGCUCUGUGAUCCAUAUGGGGCCUGUACAGUCUGCGUACAAUGGGUACGGACUGGAAUACGAUGCAGCCAGCUCAGGUAAGAACGUGCAAACAGGAAGUAAGGUUUAGCAGACUGUCCCCCAUUCAAGCUGCAGCUUCAAUAAAAUUUCUUUAAUUAGAUUUGUAUUAAAAGAACUCUAAUAUGUAAUACUGACACUAUAGUGGUAAAAUAACCAUUUAGGUACCAGACCCCCUCUUUGUAGGAAAACAAAAGUGAUUUUACUCCCCUUUUGGUGAUUCUUGAAUAGAAACAAGUUAAAAAUAGAUAAAAAGAAUGGGAAAUAUAAGGUUACUGAAAUAUAGAAAAAGAAUAAUAUGAAUAUUUAGCACUGAUUACGUAGUAAAGAUAAGAAGCACUAAUUAAGAAGCAAGAUUAUAGAUAAAAAUGUGUAUAAAUAUAGAAUAGAGAGACGAUUUUUCAUAUAUAUGAAUGGUCCGAGAGGUAAUGUGGGCAUGACCCAAGUUAAUUGGUAAAAAGAUACAAAUAAGGUAAAGGAAUCUGCCUAACAAAGGUAGAAACCCGCCUUACUGAAAAGUAGAGUCAUUCAAAGGUAAUGGCAAAACAACAAAAAAUAAUAAACUUUAUUUAAUCAAGAUCCUAAAGUUAAAAUACGAUAAAGUGGAGAAAGGAGAGCAGGAGAAAGUGUCUUGUAAUAUUCAACAAGUAUAAAGGGUAUAAAAAAUCCCUAUAAAAAACAAAAAAAAAGUGUGCUGAAUACACAAAACAAUAUGUAUAGUAUAGUCCGAGGUGCUCAGGAUAUCCGUUACACAGCAGGCAGCGUACAGAACAUGUUCUAAUAGAGGGAAAAAUAGAUAUCUAAUUAAAAAUAAAUUGGUACUAUAAGAGCAACAGAGCCAAUAGGCUACUCUCAAAUAAACUAAAAAGUAGGAAAUAAAUGGAAAAAUAUACAUAUGAUCAGGACAGAGAAGGAGUAAUGUAUGACCCCCAUUCAAUGAUUAUUAUAAACAACUAUAUAAUUUUAAAUAUCGAUUUAACCGCUGACCGUUGAGUACUGUCAUUGUAAAAAUCCCCUUGACUGUCCUGAACCGUCAUAAUGGUAAGAUGUACUGACCCAAUCGCUGUCAUUCCCCCGGUGGCGAUCAGCGUUGCUCCCAUUGUGGGGAGACUGCCUGCAGCCAUGGCGAAUUAGGACCCCGCCCCAUGUGAUCGCCCAACAGAGCAAUCACAUGGUCACAAUAGGUGUCCAUGUAUCUGCCUGCAGGGGGACUGUCUCUCCCUGCUGCUGUAAAAUGAAUUUUUUUUUUUAAUUAAGGUUUAUAAAAAAUUGCAUUUUGUGUGUGUGCGUAUAUGUAUAUGUGUGUGUUUAUAUAUAUAUAUAUAUAUAUAUAUAUAUAUAUAUAUAUAUAUAUAUAUAUAUAUAUAUAUAUAUAUAUAUAUAUAUAUAUAUAUUGUAUUUUUAUACAUGUAUACUAUGUGUAUAUAUAAAUUAAUCAAAAUAAUACAAAAUAUAUCCAUAUACAAAAUUACAUAGAUAAUUUCAUAAAUAUACACAUAGACUUCAUAUAUAUAAAUAUGCAUAUAUGUUUAAAUGCUACGUGUGUAUUUAUGUAGCUUUUUUACAUAAUUAAGUAAUUUUAUUGAUUGCAAUUUGAGGGACCUGCCUGACAACCCAGGCCGAAAGUCCAGAGAAUUUAAUUUGCUAGCACUGUAUUUUACCUUCUAACUUUCUAUGACACCCUAAAACCUGUACAUGGAGGGGUACUGUUUUACUCGGGAGACUUCGCUGAACACAAAUAUUAGUGAUUCAACACAUAUCACAGUGAUGAUAUUGUCCGUGAAAGUGAUUUUUUUUUUUUAUUAUAACUUUUCACACACAAAUGGCACUUUCACUGAAGAUAUAAUGGUUGUGAUACAUUUUACUGUUUUGAAACACUAAUAUUUGUGUUUAGCAAAGUCUCCUGAGUAGAACCGUACCCCCAUGUGCAGGUUUUAUAGUGUUUUUAAAAGUUACAGGGUCAAAUAUUUUUACAUUGAAAAUUGCCAGGUUGGUUGCCUUUGAGACCAUAUGGUAGCCCAGGAAUGAGAACUACCCCCAUGAUGGCAUACCAUUUGCGAAAGAAGACAACCCAAGGUAUUGCAAAUGGGGUAUGUUCAGUCUUUUUUAGUAGCCACUUAGUCACAAACACUGGCCAAAACUUUGUUUUUUGCAAUUUUCACACUCAAACAAAUAUAAAUGCUAGCUUUGGCCAGUGUUUGUGACUAAGUGGCUACUAAAAAAGAUUGUACAUACCCCAUAUUGAAUACCCGGGGUUGUCUACUUUAAAAAAAAAAUAUGUACAUGUGAGGUGUGAUUCAGAGAUAUGACAGAUAACAGUGUUACAAUGUCACUAUUGAUACAUUUUAAAAAUAUAUAUUUUGAAACGGCAAUUUCCUACUUGUACUUAUAGUCCUAUAACUUGCAAAAAUAGCACGUAAACACUGGGUGUUUUUAACCCCUUAAGACCGGAGGGCGUACUAUUACGCCCUAUUCUAAGCGGCUCUAAACACCGCCGGGCGUAAUACUAUGCCCUCCGGUCUUUUCCUUCUUACCCCCGCGGCAUGUGAGAGUGGGGUCCUUGCGAGGACCCCACAAUCACAUGGCCGGGGGUAGUUGCCUCCUGCAUUGCCAGGACGGGGGCUGCCUGUAAUGACAGGUGGUCCCCCUGCUGGCUGAAAAUAAAAUUUAAAUAAAUUAAAGUGUAAAAAAAAAAUAAUAUAUACUUAGAUCAUAUAUAUAUAUUUUUUUUAUUUAUAUACAUUUUUAUUUUUCAAUUUAAAAUUUCAUCCAUAUACACACUUUCAGAGAAAAAUAGGUUUUAAAAUAUUACAGUAAAUUGAAUAUUGUACACAUUGUUAGUAAAACCAUAUUUUGUACAUUUAUACGCUGACUACAAUCAAAAUCAAUAGAUUACAUACAUUGACCUCUUUCUUACACUUCCACAUAAAGCUGCUACGUUACCUAAGGGAGGUUGUCAUUAGGGGGAGGGGGGUUUUAGGUUUUAAGACUAAGAUAUCUAUUCCAAGGGGCCCAAAUCUCCUCAUAUUUCUCCUUGGAUACUUUAUUUAUUGCUAUACCUGCUUCCAUCCUGCAUUGAUAAUCCACUUGUACACAAAUAUCUUGCCAAACUAACGGGCCCAUAUUUCUCCAAUUUCUAGCCAUAACCAGUGUGAUUGCUAGCCAUAACCAGUGUGAUUGCCAUAAAGAUGUGGAUCAUAAGAAUUUAUAUAUCUGAUCUAAAUAAAUUAAAUAUAUAUAUAUAUAUAUAUAUAUAUAUAUAUAUAUCUAUCUCUAUCUGUCUAUCCACAUACACACACAUACACUGUCUAGGUGUAUUUUACUAUUAAUAUAUAUAUCAAAUUACACGUAGACUGAUACUGAUUAAAUAUAUAUAAUUAUUGUGUGUGUGUGUAUAUAUAUGUGUAUAUAUAUAUAUAUAUUCUAAAAAAAUUAAAUAUGUAAAUACGUUAAAAAAUAUAUAGCUGUUAUUUCGUUCUAACUGUAUUGUGAAAUUAAUAUAUAUAUAUAUCAAUCAAAAUACACGUAGAACGAAAUAUAUAUAUCUAUAUACAUAAAUAUAUACGUAUAUCAAUAUAUAUAUAUAUAUAUAUAUAUAUAUAUAUAUAUAUAUAUAUAUAUAUAUAUAUAUAUAUAUAUAUAUAUAUAUAUAUAAAAAGAACUCUUAAUCCUUGCACACUGACCAAACAGUAAUAAUAUCCGGGUGCUUGUAAUCCAGGGUAAAUGGAGAUAUAGAUAGGCAGAAAAUGGCCAGCACUCACGGUUUCAGGUAAAAGUUAAAAUUCAGAAAUUUAUUAGAACAUCUUUAAAAAUGUAGCAGCUCGACGUUUCAGUCCUCCUCCGGGACUUAUUCCUGAUGAAAGUCCCGGAGGAGGACUGAAACGUCGAGCUGCUACAUUUUUAAAGAUGUUCUAAUAAAUUUCUGAAUUUUAACUUUUACCUGAAACCGUGAGUGCUGGCCAUUUUCUGCAUACAUACAUACAUAUAUAUAUAUUUGAAAAAAAUUAUAUAGAUAUAUACAUAUAUAUACACACAUAUAUUAAUUCUACAUAUAUAUUUAUGUAAUAUUUUUACAUAAUUGGGUAUCUUAAUUACAAUUAGCGGGACCUGCCUGACAACCCAUGCCGAAAGUAAAGGGAAUUUAAUUUGCUAGCACUAUAUUUAACCCUAUAACUUUCCAAGACACCAUAAAACCUGUACAUGGGGGGUACUGUUCUACUCGGGAGACUUCGCUGAACACAAAUAUUAGUGUUUCAAAACAGUAAAAUGUAUUACAACGAUGAUAUCGCCAGUAAAAGUGACUUUUUUUGCAUUUUUCACGCACAAAUAGCACUUACACGGACGAUAUUAUUGCUGCGAUACUUUUUACUGUUUUGAAACACAAAUAUUUGUGUUCAGCGAAGUCUCCCGAGUACAAUAGUACCCCUCAUGUACAGGUUUUAUGGUGUUUUCAAAAGUUACAGCGUCAAAUAUAAGGCUUGUGUUUCAUUUUUUUCACAUUAAAAUUCGCCAGAUUGGUUACGUUGCCUUUGAGACCCUAUGGUAGCCCAAGAAUGAAAAUUACCCCUAUGAUGGCAUACCAUUUGCAAUAGUAGACAACCCAAGGUAUUGCAAACAGGGUAUGUCCAGUCUUUUUUAGUAGCCACUUAGUCACAAACACUGGCCAAAAUUGGCAUUUUUUGCAUUUUUCACACACAAACAAAUACUAACGCUAACUUUGGCCAGUGUUUGUGACCAAAUGGCUACUAAAAAAGACUGGACAUACCCCAUUUGCAAUACCUUGGGUUGUCUACUAUUGCAAAUGGUAUGCCAUUAUGGGUGUAAAUUUCAUUCCUGGGCUACUAUACAGUCUCAAAGGCAACGUAACCAAUCUGGCGAAUUUCAAUUUCAAAUGUAACGUGCUAUAUUUGACCCUGUAACUUCCCAAAACGCCAUAAAACCUGUACAUAGGGGGUACGGUGUUAAAAUCGUAUUUGUUCUCCCAUUUUUUUCAUAUUAAAUUGUUUCAUAGCUAAAUAUUUGAUAUUAAAUGAAAGCCCUGUUUCCCCUGAAUAAAAUGAUAUAUAAUAACGGUGGGUGCAUUUACUCUGAAAGAGGUGAAUUACGGUUGGACAGACAUGUAGCGCAAAUGCCAGGUUUUGUUUACAUUUUGUUUUGUUCACAACGUGUACAUUUGGCUCCGUCCUUAAGGGGUUAAACUCAGGACAACAUUUUGAAGCUAUUUAGCAGUUUUUUUUCAUUCACAUUCGUAGGUAAGUAAAAGAUUUUUCAAGUAAAAGUCAAAAAACAUGUUUUGUUUUUUCAAUUUUUCACCAGAUUUUACUUUUUAAAAAAAGUAAAUUAUAUGACAUGAUACAAAUAAUAGUAUGUAAAGAAAGCCCUUUUUGUCCUGAAAAAAAACAAUAUAUACUUUGUAUGGGAACAGUAAAUGAGAGCGCGGAAAAUUACAGGUAAACACAAACACCACAAAAGUGUUAAGAGCCCUGGUCCUUUAACGUAAAACAUGUCCAAAACAGUCCGGUCCUGAAGGGGUUAAAAAUAAAUAGAAUACUAUGUAAAUAGAAGAAUGCUAAAAUUAUCUAAGGGACAACUUGAAACUCUCAAUACCCCUAUGACACAAGAAGAAAUAAAAACGGCAGUUAAUAAAUUUUAAAAUAAAUAAAGCACCAGGACCAGACGGAUAUACAAAAAGAUAUUUAGGAAUCUGCUGUCCGAACGUCUCUCCAGAGUUUUUAAUAAAAUAAUUAACAAACGUACCUUCCCUAAGGAAUUGCUAAGGGCAAAUAGCAUCCCCAUUCUGAAACCAUAUAAAAAUCCGGAAAUAGUAUCUAGUUAGCGUCCUAUAUCUUUAUUAAACGGCGAUGUUAAAAUAUGCCACUGUCCUUGCUGAGAGACUAAAGAUAAAUAUUUCAGGAUUAAUACAAAAGAUCAAGUGGGAUUUGUCUCAGGUAGACUUGCUAAUAGUAGUUUUUAAGAAGAGUUCUGGAUAUUUAUGAUGCGGAACAACGUAUGAACCCUGUCAUUGGACGAAGAGAAGGGCUUUGACCGGGUCAGAUGGAAAUUUCUGGAUAAUACUUUGACGGCAUGAUGCUAUUAUGACCUUGUAUACGGUACCCUCAGCGAGAACAGUGGGACCAGGGAUAGAAACAGAGUGGUUUACAAUAGCCAAUGGCACAAGGCAGGGGUGCCCCUUGUCCCCCAUGCUAUAUGUAUUGGCAAUAUAGCCUCUUGCAAAAUUUAUGAGAGACUCUGAAGAUAAGUGGUCUGGUGAUGAAAAAGGGGGAGCAUAAAAUAAACCUUUUAUGCUGAUGUAUUGACCACUGUGGAGAGACAUAGGAUCUCGGUACCUGAAUUGAUUAAAAUAAUAGAUCAUUAUAAUAAAUAUUCAAAUUAUAAAUUGAAUGAAAGUAUGACCAUAGUAAGAACAAAUAGAGUUAAUAGGAUAGAACAAAAUUUAAUUGUAUGUGGGUAAAGGAUGAUAUUACCUUUCUAGGCAUUAAAAUUCCAAGAAACCCAAAAAGGAUAGUAAAGGCAAACUUUCUUCCACUAACAAAAUUUACAAAUAAAAUUUUGAAGGAAUGGGUCAAUAAGGACAUUUUAAGAUUUCAUUGAUAUGACAAUUAAACACUAUAAGAUCUUACAUCUUACUAAAAUGUAACUACAUAUUUAGAAUGAUACUUGUUCAAGUGCCUUUGGUAUGGCUAAAAAUGAUCCGGACAGCAUUUUUCAAAAUUUAUAUGGCAAAAAAAAGAAACCCAGAAUUAAUCUAAAGCCAUUGUCAAAAAAGAAAAAUGAAGGUUUAGCUAUCUCCGAUAUAAAUUAUCAUAAAGCCUGAAUGAUUUAUCAUGCUAUUGACUUAUGUAUGAAUUCUCGAAGCAUGGUAUCAGUUAGAAUCAGAAAUUAUAGAAUGUGAUUAUAUGAUUAUGGUCUUUUGGACAAUGGGUAGAAAGUACAUCAACAAAGCAGAUCCUAAAAAAUCGUUGGUUAUAGUAAAUAUUCUGAGACUGUGGCAAAGACUUCAAAAGGAUCUCAAAAUAGAAAAAAGAUUGCUAGAUCUUUUGGCUAUAGAAUUAAUAUCCGGAAAUAUUGUAGAUAUAAGUGUAAGAAGCUGGAAGGAGGCAGGAAUUGGGAAACUCUGGGAAUGUAUAUCGGGAACGGAAAUUAAAACCGAAUAUAGAUUGCCAAACAGAGAAAUCUUCACAUAUUUAAGAAUUAAACACUUUUUGGAAAAGUAAUGAUUACCUAACAAAAAAUAUGAAAACAGAUUAAGAACAAUUCUUAGAGGUCAGAAUACAAGGGGACUGAUGUCUUCCUGUUUAGAAAUGCUAAAAGAAAUAAAAACUGAAAAUAAUUUUAAAGCAAAAAGAGCAUGGGAAAAGAUCUGAACAGAGAGAUAAGAGUAAGAAUGGAUAAAGUCUAUUACAAAUGUUAUUUAAUACAACGGUACAUAGCGUAGAGAAUUUCUAUAAAUGAAUAAACCGUUUGUAUAUUGUCCCCGUAAAACUGGCUAAAAAUGUAUAAAGACGGAGCAGAUUGUUGGAUAUGUGGCAGUGCAAAGGGCAAUUACCCACAUAUUUGGUGGAGUUGUGAGCUUAUUGGAAACCCGAUAUGUACAUUAUUGGGUAUUGAUCAGGUUUAGACUGGCCUAAAAUGUCUAAAGAGUGCAAUAUGAUAACACGUAUUCUGAUGGCCUCAGAAUUGGUAUUGGCAACAAACUGGAGAAGAAUGGAAUGUUCUUAAUCCCCAAGUGCCAUAUCAAUGGAAAAUGGAAAUGAGUAUAAAUAGAAAUAAAUCCUACAGUUUGACAAAAAUAAAUAAAUGGAAAACCCUACAAGCAUAAUAGGGGAAAAAAGUGACCGAUACAUGUCUCUCUCUAAGUGGCAAAUGAAGUAAAGAAAAGCAAUAAAUAUAUACCUUAACCAAAAGCUUAUACAGAAAGUUAUGUGUGGAAAAGUAUGUUUUUGAAUGUAGUAGUGAAUGUUCCUCAAUAUGUAUCACAUUCUCCAAAAGAGAAAAUAUAUAUUUUGAUAAAUAAUAGAAUUUUUUUUAAAUAAAAUAGAUGUAGCUUCCAGAUUAACAUGUGUUUAUUCUUGUUGUAGUGGGAGGACACAGUUCCCAAGCACCCCUUCUUGUUCGAGAUGAUGUUGCCAACUCAGGUACGAGAUUUCCAUAUGCAGCAGUUUAAUAUUUAUUUAUAAAAUAUUUUACCAGGAAAGGUACAUUGGGAUUUCUCUCGUUUUCAAGUAUGUCCUGGGUCCACAAAUCAUUGCAUUGAUACAUUAGGUUACAAAAACAAUAUUAAUACAUAAUAUAUACAACAUUUAACAUAGAACAGGUAGGAAAUAUAUAAUCAACCAUGACACGUGCAUGGGGAAGAUUUUAAAGUGUGCAGGAGGUAGUUUCGUAAUUGCGGCCCUCUGUAGGAAAAGGAGGAUCGGGCUGCUUUCUUUUUGUAUUGAGGUAGACUAAAUAAAGUGCUGGUACUGGAUUGGAGGUUAUAGGGGGUGGGAACAACAGAGGAGAGCAUUCUGCUCAGGUGGGGGGGGAAUUUCCCAAAAAAGCUCUUAAACACAAGGCUGGAAAGAUGAAGGGUGCGUCUGGAUUCCAGCGACAGCCAGUUUAGUUCCUUUAGCAUGUCACAAUGAUGGGUCCUGUAAUUACAUUGUAGCACAAAUCGACAGAACGAGUUAUACAAUGUGUUGAGUUUAUUAAUGUGGGAUUGCGAUGCAGUUGCAUAUACUAUAUCCCCAUAAUCAAUGAUUGGCAUCAGCAUUUGCUGUACAAUCUUUUCCUUUACUGUAGAGCUUAGGCAGGCUUUGUUUCUGUACAGGGCACCUAGUUUUGGAUAAAGUUUAGAUGCAAGCUUUUCUAUGUGCAGGCCAAAAGAUAGAUUGGGGUCUAAUAUCAUACCCAAGAAUUUAAAAGAGUGGACUGCGGUCAGUGUGCCAUUUGAAUUUGUUUUGAUGGAUAGGUGGAAAUUGUGUAAUUUAGGUACUGUUCCAAAGAUCAUUGUGACAGUUUUGUCAGUGUUCAGGAAGAGUUUGUUUUUUGCGAUCCACCUUUCUACCUCUGUAAACUGGUCUUGAAGCACAGCCUCAAGUUGCGGUAGAUUGGAUUUGCUUGCAUAGAUUAUGGUGUUCUCUGUGUACAUGUGAGGAUGUGCAGACAUUAGGCAGAUCAUUUAUAAGUAAUGUGAAUAUGGAACCUUGGGGUACACCACAUGUGACUGGGAGAGAGAGAGUCACUGCCAAAAAUGGACACAUAUUGUGAUCGAUCCGAUACAUGAUCGAAACCAGGUUAGUGCACAAGCACCAAUACCUGAUUUUUAUUUUUGUUUUUUUUUAGUUUGUGCAGUAGAAUGUCAUGGUCUACUGUGUCAAAGGUCUUUGCAAAAUCCAGGAAAAUAGCUCCAGUUAGGUCUCCUUGUUCCAUGCCAGCUUGGAUGUCAUUGCAAACUUUUAAGAGGGCAGUUUUAGUGGAGUGAUUCUGGUGAAAGCCCGAUUGAUCAGGGGUCGGAUUGUUUGAUUGUUGGUAAUACUCACGUAGUUGCUUAUGGACGCAAGAUUUUUGACAAUACUGGGAGCAAUGAUAUUGGGUGAUAGUUAGAAACAAAAAUAGUGUCCCCACUUUUAUGGAUAGGCACUACUCUCGCAGCCUAACAAAGUUUGGGUAUGUAUCCAGACACCAAGGAUUCGUUAAUUAGGGUUGUGACAGGUUUAGAAAUUGCCGGCGCACUGAGCUUCAACAGCAUUGCUGGGAUUUGAUCAGGUCCAGACUGGUUUUUAAUGACACUAAUAGGUACAGGUCUAAAACUGAACUUGUCUAUGCAAAUUAGCAAAUUUAGUGGGGCCUGGUCCACAUUAGUAGUUUCAGGAUGCGUGUCAUUUAUUAGCUUGGCAAUCAGGGUGGUGGAGCUUCCGACAAAAUAAUUGUUAAAGACAUUUGCUACAUCUAAGGGAAGUUGCAGGGUUUGGUUGUCCACUUUGACAGUUGAGGGUUGGGAGUGGAUUGGGGGAGUUUGUAAUUUAUUUAUGACUUUCCAAAAGUUACUAGGGUUUGAAAUGUUGUUCAGAUUUUCAUAGAAAUAUUGGGCUUUGGCCAAUUUUGUUUGUUUUUUGUGCAUAUAUUUCGCCAUUGUCUAUAUGCACCGUGAUCAUUCAUAGAGCCAGUACGCUUGAACUUUGACCACAAAGAAUCCUGAAACUGGUACAUUUGGAUGAGGUCAGCUGAGAUCCAAUUCAUAUGCGCUCCUUUUACCCUCACCUUACGCAGCGGGGCAUGCAAAUUCCAAACUUGUAGGGGUUCAGACUGAAAGAAUUCAACUGCACAGUCUAGAUCUGAAAUUAGGUUUAAUCUGUGCCAUGGGCGGUUCUUGAUGUAAUUUAGAAAGGAUUACAUUUUUUUUUUUUUUUUGAAGGACUUGGGGAUUUUAACCUUGAGAGUUGAUUUAGUAGCUUAUUUUGCGCACGCAGUACACAAAGCAGUGGACACUGAAACUGUUAGGGAGAACACCGGCCUCCUGGAUUCUAUCAGGAGAAGUGAAGAGAAUCCAAUCGAGCAGGGUAUGGUUAAGGCUUUUAAUGUUUAUGCGAGUUGGGGAGGAGAUUAUUUGCGUUGGCUUCAAAGUCUCGAACAGUGACCAAGAACUAUUAUUUUUAGGAUUCAGCAAAUCAAUAUUAAAAUCUCCAAAGACCAACAGUUCACCUGUGAAUUGGAUACUUUAGAAUUUUGUGAGGUUUUUGUAGGAGGGCUAUUUUUUUUUUAUAACGCUCCACCAGCCCUCAGCAGUUACAGCAACAGAGCAGGCCAUGGUGUAUGAUAAUUUUGUCUUCCAGUUUGAGGUGUGUGCUUAUAGUGCGGUAGUGAUGUGAACAAAAUUGGAGUGCGAAAAGGGUUAUUAAGAAUAACAGUAUGGUUAUAUUUGGAUUCAUGUUAGUGGUAUGAGGUGUGUAGAUGAAAACGAAACACAAAUAGUUAAAAGCGAAAGUUUAAAAAUAAAAGUAUAUAACAUUGGUGUGAUUUUUUUAUAUAUAUAUAUAUAUAUAUAUAUAUAUAUAUAUAUAUAUAUAAUUUGUAGUGAGAGAGGGUAUGUAUUCUGUAGGGUUAAGAGAUUGGAAGGGUGUGCUGAUCAGUGUUUGCACCUGUCAUUUCAGGAGAAUGAAGGUUGUGUGGGAGACUAUCUAUAAAUGAGGAAAUAACUGGGUGGGAGGGAAACUGUCCUCCAAAAGGCUACCUGUUGCAUAGGGCAGUGGAACAGCUGAUGGAGCUCUGUGUUGCCUGCAAGUCUGGGGCUGGAUACAUUUUGAUAAUAGAUAGGCGCAUUUUUCCUGCUUGUGGCACAUGGUUUAAGUAAUGGUUAGUAAAGCAUUUCAAGGUAGUUAUUAAAUGCAGCUGUGCUAGUGUCCUCUAUUAGAUGGUGGCAUUCUGGUAUCCUGUAUAAUCUGUGGCCAAGUCUGGUCCAGAUGGGUAACCAUUCCUAAUAUUGCAGCCCAAUCCCCGGAGAUAAUACGGCCGGUGAUAUAUUGAGGACAUUGCUUUCUGGUGGUGUCUACAUAACCAUUGUGUUUACAUAAAAUAACAGUAGUAAUUCACAAACUGAGGAUACCGCACUCACAUUGGGGAAUCCAGGUGCUUAUCAGGGCCAGGGUUGGCAAAACCCAGAUCAGUAGAUAAAACGAGUGUAACUGAGCUUCCUUUUCCCCCUGUUGGAUGCCUCCGCCGAUGGAUGCUCCUAGUGCUUACCAAGGGCUCCAAGCACUUCGCCAGACACCAUAAGUACUGCAGACCCCACGAACCACCGCAACUUGGUUGGGGUCUCGCCGUCUCAUAACCACCCUUGUCCUACAACAAAGCUCCAGGUUCCAGUGGGUGAACCUCUCUUCCUUCAGAGUGUAGCAGGAACAGCACUUACAAGAGCUAGUGAUUAUCCAAUGGUGAUCAUAGCAAUUCCCCCCAAUAAGAGACAAGACUGAGGGUGAAGUAGAACUGAAAGUUUAAUGGAGCAUACUGGUCUUUUAUACAAGUUUCCCAACAAGGUUGACGCCCAGGUGGACCUUGUUGGGCACAGGACACAAAAUAUGCAAGCCAAUAAAAGCAGUGUAACAAUGAACGACACUCCCACAUACAUUUCACAAUCCCUCCCCUCUGCCUGUGAUACAAAUAAGGUAGAUAAUACAAGAACUUAAUUAUCUCCAGACAGAAAAAACACACAUUUUUAUAAAGUGCCAUAAGUACCCCAAAACACAACAUAUCUCCUGAUAGCACUGAUCUGGGUGAACAACAUAUCCAAAAAUCACCCAGAUCAGAUCAGAAGUUCAGAAAUUUUAUGGAAGCAGGAUUUCAUGCCCAAAACAGUUCCACAGAUUCAGCAGCACGCUGGAGGACCGACCAGGAACCGCAAGGUUUUCAUGCUGUAAAUCGUUCCAGGGCAUUCGCGGCUAAGUCCCCCUGAAGUCUAUUCACAGUUUUAGUCCAUGCAAACAAGAUGGCCUCCACCACGUGUUCAAAUGUCGAAUGGCGGCCAUUUCAACUGUUCGGGAGUUUGAAGAACUAAUGUUUAAAGUGCCAAUAGGCACAUUUAGGGUCUCUCAGCCAAGAUAAAUUAAAGGGGCCAUAGUCAGAGGCUAAAAGGCUGGCAAGUAGUCCCCUCCAAAACCCAGUGGCGAAAUGGAUUUCGUCACAAUGAGCUUGAUAAAGGGCUCUGUAUAGGCCGAAACGCUGCAGUUUUUGUUUCAAUAAACCUGCCUUCCUGCAGCAAUCCUGAGUGCCUGGACCUAAUUUAGUUUAUCUAAAACUAGCUAGAACAAGGCUAGAAGAUGGAGUUAUUUCAACAAUUCUAUUUGGAUUCUGCAUACUUGACAAGCCCGCUUAUAUUAAAUGGAGUUUACAUUGUUACAUGGCAAAACUGCUUGGGGAAAAAAAUCAGAAAUUCAUUAUUACACCUGCUUAACAAAAAUUGAUUCUGUUUAAGAAGUUUUAAUGAUUUCAAGUUAUUUUAAUGGUUUUAUCUUCUUUAAGUUCGCAGUGGUUACCGCAUUCAAGCCAAUCAACAAGAUGAUUCCAUGAGAGUCCUUUAUUAUAUGGAGAAAGAACUGGCAAAUUUUGACCCAGCCAGACCUGGGGAGGGCAAUGGCAGAUUUGAACAGAGUAAGUCACAGUAAAAGUUGAUAUUUGAAGAUUAUGGAAAUGUAUGAAAAUGAUUCGAUACAAUUUGUAUUUCCAGCAUCAGCAAUGAGCGAGAUUAGCUCCUUGCAUGAGACAGAUCAUCGAAGCCACCUAAGAAAUGGUUUGGGCCAGCUACGCAAUCAGGCAUUGACUCCAAUCCGGGAUGUUGAGGAGGAAAGCCUCAUUGGAAGUGAAUUCAGACGUCCCCCACCAAGACAAGACCCUUAUGUGGAAGAUAGAUUCCGAGGAGAAAGGCGUGCUCGAGCUCACUCAAUGGAUGAUUUGGAUGAUUUUGACAGACGAGAUAGAUACCCAUAUCGUGAUCUACCAUCCGACAGCCACAAUCGGGGAAGGCGUAACUCUGACGAUGACCAUAGCAGCAGGGGCUACAAUAGAAGUCGGGGCAGCCGCUCACCUGAACUACGUGAUGACUACUACGGAGGACGAAGAAGUCGAAGCAGAGAUGAUCUCCAGGAUUUAGGCCGUCCUCGAUAUGACAGAGAGUAUGAUGAUCAAUUUCUUCAGGAUGUUUUGAGGAAAAAGAAGCAAAAAUCAGGAAGCAGAGAUGGUUUAGAAAGUGCGGGUGCAAGAAGGAACCGUAAUGAUGACAAUGAUGACUUCCCUCCUCCACCACCUCCAUACACUGAAAAUGAAUCCAUCUCUUCUAGGGGCAAGAAGAUGAAAAAGGUAAGUCAGUCAUUUCAAAUUACCUUACCAACUGCUCACUAUCAUGCUGGAGCAACCAUACAGCGAUGAUCGUAAGACGUGAGAUUGAAUGGGGUUUUAGAAAGCACAAUAACCAUCUGUGCUUCUCCAGUUGUGGCCAGACCGGUUGCUUCUAUCAUGGACAAGUACGGCUUAUGAAAAACAUAGCUAGAUAAUAUAAACUGUACUGUGGCUCGUAAAUAAUGGGCAUCUGUCCCUUCAACUCAAAACCCAUUGCUUGUAGUUAUGCUGGCUAGAAAAUUCUAUUUGUAGAAAUGUGACUUAUACAGGAUAUAUCUUGCCUAAAGAGUGCAAUUUCUAAGUGAGCAUCUUAUUUAAAGAUCCUGGGGUACCCUUCUCUAGAGAAUAAAACAGAUACAUGAUGCACGCACAGUACUAGUUGCAUACCCAUCAUACCACUGAUUAUAAAAAUAUGCUGUGCUAGAUGGGGCAGCACUACACACUCCAUAAUCCAUUAAUAUUAAAGACAUUUUUGUGAAUUGGUAAACCAGUAGCAGUUUAGAGAGCUUUGUAAGAAAUAUAGAAUGUGCCUUCUGCAGCAAAUUGAAUGAAAUACUCAUUUUUCGGGGGAGGGGUGGCAAUGCCACUUUAAGCACUUUGAAACUAAAUUGUCUCAUAUUCUUAGUCAGUGUUUCAUUGGAAUAAUAUCAUGUUACAGCUCUGAAUACUUGGGAUUUGUUCUAUUAUGUAUUCGUAUAACUAAAUUGCAUUCAUGGUGACAGAUUAAUGUCUCUUUAACCCCUUAAGGACCAAACUUCUGGAAUAAAAGGGAAUCGUGAUGUGUCAUGUGUCCUUAAGGGGUUAAAGCUAAAAGAUAACUGAGCAUUUGUGGAUUUAUAUUCUUCAUGGUUGUCUUUGCUAAUCCAUGAAUAUUCUGUUUUAUUCCCCAGAGUGAAGCUCUGAGUCGGGAGAGUUUGGUUGUUUAAAUCAUUUUGAAUUCGCUGGGAGAAAUUAAAAUGGGACUUCUACAAUUUUUAUAUAUUUUUUUAAAUUUAAAGACUGCAUAUUCUCAUGAAUAUUUGGAGUGGAUUUACUAGGGAGUUAUUUGUAUUUUUUUUAUUUUAGAAGAAACUUAAUGUAUAACGUUUUUUUAAGUCAAAUUUUUGUUGUAAAGUUAACAUUUUGACUGUUUUUGGAUUUUUUUAACAAUUUGUGUAGAAGAAAGUGAUUGAUAUAGUGUAUAAUUCGUUUAUUUUAUUUUUUUGUACAUUUUCUAUAAGUCUUACGUAUUUUUGAAGUUUAAGUGGUAGAUCUGUGUCUUCUUCUUAAACUAAGUAAAACAGGGCUAACCAGGUUUCAGAACUACAACUGCUGCGGCAAGUAUCUCUUCUGAAACACUGGUGCAAAACUAGCAAAUGUACAUAUCCCCACAUUUAGGAUAUCGUGAAUAUGAGUUGUAAUCUUCUAUUGCGUCUAUUACCAGUUUUGUACAUUCUCUUAUCAAUGAAAGCUGUGAAAAUAAUUUGAUUAAUUUCUAUAUUGAAAUGUUAUCAUAAGUGUACUGCACACUCUUAAUACCGAGAUGAGACUCUCAGUUACCCAGUACCAGCCUCACGAGUCAGUGCUGGUACAUAGCAUACAAUCCAAUGCGCUCUUCUACUGAAUAAAACAUUUUGUGAUUCAUUUUCGAACAGUCUUUUUUUUUUUUUUUUUUUUACUGCGUUUGACUAGAAUAAGACUGGAUAUUUCUCUCACACUGCCAUAGAUCUCUCACACUGCCAUGGACUUGUCACCAAGUGUCUGCUUAUCUCUCUCAGAUCUGGGAAACGACCUUUAGAAAUAACACACACAGAACAACGCAAUGUAUUUCUAUCACGCCUUUCAGUUUAAUCCUUCACCACAGAGAGGAUAUCUAGAUUAUUAGUCUGGGGGGAAACACGUUAUUCAGGCAGAGAGGAUAAGGUAAUAUGUGUCCAUACUUCCCGUAAUUUUCUUUUCUUGGUCAUAUGCCAUGGCAGCACAACGAUGGGUAGCUCCUCCCUAUCCCUAAUUAGACAGGAACUAAUUAAAAUAAAUGUAAGUACCUCCUCCUAUCCCCUCCUCCCUCAGUCUUGUUACUAGCAAUAUCCCAGGGUGGGACCCUUGUGCUGCCAUGGCAUAUGACCAGAAAAAGAAAAUUACGGUAAGUAUGGAUACAUUUUCCCUUUUCCUGGCCAUAUCCAUGGCAGCACAACGAUGGGUAAUACCCAAGCAAUAACCAAGGGAGGGAAGAAUAAAUAAAGAUACCACAGACUCUGAAAUAUCAUAUGCAAAGUGUUUUGGUACCACAAACCAAGUGACAAACACCAAAACUUCAGGAAUCAAGGGUUUCAUACAGAAAGGAGACUUUUAGCAAAUUAGUCUGAAAGACUGGCUCUGACAUCCACUUGGUAAUGUCUGAUGAAAGUAUUGGCAGAGGACCAAGUGGCAGCUCUACAAAUCCGUUUAGGAGAGACCUUGGAAGAGGAGGCCCAAGAGGAGAAAAGGGAUCUUGUGGAAUGAGCUUUGAGUCCAUGUGGGACUGGAGCUUUCGAGGCUUGAAAAGCUUGGAUAAGGGCUGAAACAAUCAAUCUGCUAAUGGUAGAUUUAGGAGCCUGACUGCCCUUUCUACAUCCAUUAUAAAGGACAAAGAGGCCUGGAGACGAACGCCAAGGGGCGGUUCUGUCAAUGUAGAUUCUGAGGCAUCUCACCAAAUCCAAGGAGGAAAUAUCUGUCAUCCCCAUCUACUUGUGGAACAGGAUGCAAAGCUGUGAGAACAAUUUCCUUGUUAAUAUUCAAGGCGGAGGUGACCUUAGGCCACAAUUCUGGCAUAGUACAAAGGACGUCCCUGUCCUUAAGGAAGACCGUGAAAGGCUCCUUGACUGACAGAGCAUGAAGUUCUGAGACCCUUCUGCCUGAGGCCAAAGCCACCAGUAAGGCAGUUUUAAUGGAGAGGAAAUGGAACAGCUAAAAUUUCAGGCGAACGGCUAAAAGCACGAACGGACACAAAACCAAUCAGCAAACCAGUGAAAAAAUGAAUGCCAAGUUGAAAACGAAAGAAACCACAGGGACUUACACCUUCAGAAGGACAGCGGAAACGGCAGAGAGAAGACAGAAACAGGGAGAAGUUCAGACCAGCAAGGUACAGGUCUAGGUCCAUAUUCACUUGCUCACUGCUACCGCUAGGGUCACUGCAGCAUUGGGAAACCAGGCAUAACAGCUUCCUACCCCUUGGGUUACAGCAAGUACCAGACCCCCGGUCACUAAAGGGGUACUCUCCAGGGGCUCACCUUUGCGCAGGGCCGUGUAACUGGAGACUUCCCAAGGGAGAGAGGCUGAACUCCCAAGGGGCCAGGGGCACAAAUCCCCAGGUAAGCCAUAAAAGAAAAAUAAUAGUUGCAAGGAAAAAAAGCAUAGGACAGGACCAAAAAGACUGAGGGAUAGGAGGAGGUACUUAAACAAUUAUUUUAAUUAGUUACUGUCUAAUUAGGGAAAGGGAGGAGCUACCCCUCGUUGUGCUGCCAUGGAUAUGGCCAGGAAAUAUAGAUUAUUAGUCUAGGGGGAAAGCAAGGGAAAGCCCCAGCAAAGCAUUUUAGAGGCCGCUUGGUCUCUAAUCAAUAUAUAUAUAUUUGAUGCAUAAGCAAUAAAAUUGAC